AUAUAUAAAAUGAAGUGCGCUAUUGCAGUGUGCCUGCUUUUGGCCACCAGUGGCUUUGCCCUGGUUCCCCAUCAUCCCGUCGACGUGGCCUCCAUGUUGCUCCGCCAACAGUUCGCCGUCCGCUCGAUGAUGGCCAUUCCCGAGGCCCGGGAUGAGUCGACGCUGAUCAACGACUGUUUCAACCACUACAUGGAGGACCAGACCAACGUGAUCAUGGGCUACAACCAGCAGUACAUGGGUUGCCAGAGGACCGCCCAAACCGAUCGGGAGGAGCUCACCAAUGAAAGUGCCUCGGAGCGAUCGUCUCUUUUGGAUCGCACCAGCAAUAUGUGCAGCAACCUGGCCAGUUGCGAUGAAAUCGUUGAUGGACUGGAGUUCUUCGACUGCUACCGCAGUGCCUCCUCCGACAGCUACAAGGUGAUGUUUACACUGAACAGUGACUCCAGCCUGGACUUCAACCGCAUCAGUGCCAAGUAUGCAGUGAUCGAUAGCGAUCUUACUGACUGUAUGGAUACGGCUCGCGCGACUUACGCUCACGACAUGGACACCUGUGACUCAGAUUUGACCAUCUGCCUAAAUGGAGGUGUCCCUCCCACCGAACCUUCUCUUCCCACUGAACCCGCCACAACUCCUGCUGCUCCCUCGACACCAACUGAGCCCACCACAACUCCUACUGUUCCCACCACUACUCCUGCUGCUCCCACUGAGCCCACCACAACGCCUGCUGCUCCCAGUACACCAACUGAGCCCACCACAACUCCUACUGUUCCCACUGAGCCCACCACAACUACUGCUGCUCCCUCGACGCCAACUGAGCCCACCACAACUCCUACUGUUCCCACCACUACUCCUGCUGCUCCCACUGAGCCCACUACAACGCCUGCGGCUCCCAGUACACCAACUGAGCCCACCACAACUCCUACUGUUCCCACCACCACUCCUGUUGUUCCCACUGAGCCCACCACAACUCCUGCUGCUCCCUCGACACCAACUGAGCCCACCACAACUCCUACUGUUCCCACCACCACUCCUGCUGUUCCUACUGAGCCCACCACAACUCCUGCUGCUCCCAGUACACCAACUGAGCCUACCACUACUCCUACUGUUUCACCCACUGAGGCCACCACCACUUCAGCUACUCCCACCACUACUCCCGCUGUUCCCACCACUACUCCCGUUGAGGCCACCACCACUACGGCUGUUCCCUCCACUCUUGCUGCCGAAACCACUCCUGCUGCCGUCACCACUGAGCGUCCACCUGAGGAGGACCUUUUCAGAUCCGCUCCCUUGUCUCAGAAGAGAGCUUGGAACCUGAUCAAGCGUUUCUUUUAAGAGUAUAAAAUUAUAAAGUAUUUAUUGCAUUCAUUGGAAAAUUUUAGUUACCGUAAAAGCCCCAAUAAAAGCGGUUGCUUAUAAAGCGUAGAAUACUUUCGGGUUCGAUUGCAAAUUGAUUGCUUAGAAAGGUGAAAGCAGUGACACACAAAUGAUUUGUACGAAGGGGGUCAAUAUUUAAAGUUUUGUGCAAAGUGGUUAUUAAACUUAU